AUGGUCCUGGAAAAAUGCAGUGGGGACGCCAUCUCCGCCUCGCUCAGGUAUGAACCUUUCCGCCCGAAGGUUGGGAAGAGAUCAUCAGAAUGGCUUCAGCUCCAGAGUCAGGCAGCCGUGGAAGUGGUGGAGGAUAUUUACUUCCCGCAGCCUUUCCUCGGCGAACUUCCUGGCCACCCGGGGAAGCGUGGGCGCCUUGUAUUAUUGACACACCUUACCUCUGAGCCUCACACAGCGGGCACCAAGGCAGACACCCAGCAGGCGCAGUGGGUUGCUGAGCAGUGGCGGGAUCAGGGGCUCGACACAGUCAACCUUGUGCCUUAUGAUGUUCUUCUGUCCUACCCUCACCCCGAGAAAACCAACACGGUGAGCGUCAAGAAUGGGUCUGGCCAUGUGGUGUGGGAAUCCCAGGGUCGCCAGCCUCCUCUUUGGCCUGGAGAGGAUCACCCUGGCGUCCUGCCAUCGUUUAACGCGUAUUCUGCUCCAGGCCUUGUCCAGGGUCCGGUGGUGUACGCGUUCCUGGGGCGUGACGAGGACUUUCGCUACCUUGACAACCACAACGUGUCUGUAUCCGACAGUAUCGUCCUCGUCAGAUACGGCGACGUGUACAGAGGAAACCAGGUCCUGGAGGCUGAGAAGCGCGGUGCGGGCGGUGUGUUGCUCUUCUUGGACCCAGGCACGGUGAGUCCCGAGGGGCAGGACGACAACCACACGUACCCCAACACGGUGUUCUCCCCGCCUCACGCCGCGCAGCUCGGCACCACCAUGAUGGGUAACGGCGACCCACUCACGCCUUUCUACCCAUCUAUAGAAAGUGCCUUCAGGAUCCCAGAGGACGAAGCAGCCAUUCCGAAAAUUCCCGUGCAGCCUCUGAGUUACUCCGACGCCGCCUUCCUCCUGAGGCGCAAUCCAAAGAACUAG